AAGUUACACAAGCACGGAUGAGGUUUUACAACAGGGUGGUUUCACAACUGGAAACAGGGCAUCACCCCGAUAGCUUCCAUUCACACCUACCGGUUCUUCCUGUGAUCGCAGACCUGUUCUUUACGGGAUUAUUAUAGGCAGAGGAGGGAGAAGAAAGAAAAAAGAGAGAGAAAUCACUCCACGUUCAGUGCAUGUCAGCGGGAAAUCAUUCACCAGACGCGUCCACGCCUUCUCUCUGUGGACAAUAAGCGCCAAGCCGUGCGUUCACGACCCUAACGGAGCGCCUGGUGACCUGAGCUGAUCGGGGGCUCUCCGGUGUGUUAACGUGACUGUCUGGGUCGUCGCAAACAAGUAAGACCGCUGUCGUGUGUUUGUCUGGGCUACGGUCGCCAGCAGCACAGCCACAACCACCACUGUCGCGUAUAUACAUAUAUAUCAGUACUCACUUCGUGGAGACUGAGGGGGGAGGCACUUGUGGCUUUUGAAGUCUUCACCUCGUGGACCAAACCUUUUCGCGAUGGAGUUGGGGUCAGUGAUUUUGACGAUCGGGGGUUCUGUGGGAUUUUUCAAGUUCGUGAACAGCGGGGUCGGAAAACUCCCCACACCCGAGUCUGCCUGCAGGAACGUUUGGAAAUGGAGAAACAUCUCCACAUCGUGUGUGCACAGUAUGAUCACCGCGACGUGGGCAGUGCUUUGCUUUUUCCUGCACCCGCAAAUGGCCGAGGAUCUCAUAGAGACUCAUUCCGUGUUUUCUCAUGUCUUGGUGUCUUUCUCAAUCGGUUACUUCAUCUAUGACUUCUUUGACAUGUUGAGGAGCCAGAAGCUGAGCCAGUCCUGGGAGCUGCUCUUUCAUCACAUCGUGGUACGUGUUCAAAAAUAAAAAUAAAAGACAAAUGAUGUCAUAUCUUGGCUAAAGUUGUUUCAAGUUAUAAGAGAGGCCUCUUCCAGAGUGAUCUCAGCUCAGUAUUGGUGCACCUGCGAGAAAGACAAAAUACCGGUCUUUCUUGUCAAGUAACAUAGAGCGAGGACUAAUUAGAUGAUCAUACCAGUGCGACAGCCUCCCUCCACUUCACUUCAACCUGCUUUUUUGUGAACUUUGAAGUCCUCCUGACUUCCCCCCUCACACUCACUGUUCAACCACUCAUUUGUUUCUAUCACAUUCCUGUGAAAGCCGGGCAUCUUAGUGGCAUGUUGACCCCCAGCAUGCUGGCAUAUUUUCCUGAGGGGAAGUGGAGGUCAGAUGAUCUGACCCGUCCUCCGGCUUUGCUCUAAAGAGGGAAAGGAGAUGAAGUGGCAAUAUAGGGAGAAAAAAACCCCCCAAAACAUCCUCACUGAUUAUUUUCUCUCCACGCUUCUGACUGCAUGACCUACAUCCAGGACCAUGCAGGUGUUGUGUAUUGCUUUCUGUUGCCAAGCUCUUUCUCUUGUUAGUGUAAGUGUAUUACUGGCAAGAGCUUUGUUGAAAUUUUAUCAGGUGCAGGUUGCUGCCAGGGCUGGUGCAGAUUUGUACUGUGCAGCAGUCACAAUUUAAGCCUCUGUUUGGGUGUUAAUAAACUGUGUGGAAGUAUUUUUCUGCAGACUUUAAAAAGCAGGUCA